AUGACUUUCGAUGCCUUCUCUCCUCACGAGGUGAUUGAGGCCAUCUCAAAAUUAGGUGCACAUAAGGGGAAUAUGCGGCUAGACAAGGUGCUUUUUAGUGCGGUGUCAGCUGGCUGUUUGCUUGCAUUCGCUUGCGGGACUACUCUUAGUACCACUGCCGCACCCUGGUUUCAAGACAAUGCCCCGGGUCUGAUACGAACUAUCGGUGCCUUGGUGUUUCCUUACGGUUUGUGUAUGAUCCUCCUAACAAGUGCAGACCUUUGCACCGGAUCUUUUAUGUUUACUACGGUGGCAGUCCUCCACCGGCGCUUGCCAUGGUCAAAAAUGUUGAUUCACUGGGCUGUGACAUUCAUCGGCAACUUUGCUGGGUCGCUAUUUGUUGUGGCUAUCAUCUUCGGUUAUGGAAAUGUUUUUUCCGCCGAGCCGUUUAGGUCCGUUGUUAUUUCUUUUGCCACAAAAAAGCAGGUCACACCUGAUUUCCACAUGAUACUCCUACGUGGUAUUGGAUGUAACUGGCUA